AUGGAUGGACUGCCAAGGACGAUGUCUAUUACGAUUGGGCCGAACGUAAGGAAUUCCACGUGGGAGAUUCUCUGGUCUUUCGAAUACGAUCGCAACGUCAACGACGUCACGCAAGUCUCUGGCUCUUUGGAAUACGAAUUCUGCGACACUUCUUCUCCUAAAGCCGUCUACAACACAGGACACGAUGUCGUGACUCUCACGGAACCGGGUUUUUACUACUUCAUCACCUCAAAUCAAGCUCAGUGCGCUUCCGGACAGAAACUCGACGUUCUUGUCGUCGUCCAUGACCCGUCAAUGACUUCUAUUCCAAGUGGAGAGGAGAAACAGUUUCAUGUGGGAGAUGUUCUGCUUUUCGAAUACGGCAACGAAGUCAACGACGUCAUCGAGAUCAACGGUGAUCUUGAGUUCAUAUCCUGCGAUCCAACUUCUCCUGUAGCUGUGCACAAGACAGGACACGAUCUCGUUAGGCUCACAGAACCAGGAGUUCGUUAUUUCAUAAGCUCAGAGCCUGGUCGUUGUGGGCUGGACUUAAGCUUCGAGUGGUGGUGCAACCACAGCCCAAAGCUGUUACUUACCCAAACUUUCCCAAGAAGAAGGACUUGUCAGUGA